AUGGCUAUCGACAUCAAAGAGAGAGGGAAGGUUGGCUGUGCAUGCUUUAUUGCAGGCGAAGAGCGGUUGUUGUGUAUGGAAGAAGUCAUUGGUGGCGGAAGUGAGAUUGUUGAGAAAUUGAAACUCGAUCUUCAGCCGACCACAGUCAUUCUUUCUCCUCGAUCAGAUGCUAUCACCAACAGUCUCCAUGAUCGGUUUCGCCGCAAUACGUCGCUUGUUGAUGGUGAUGGAGGUCAGCCUCCUCUGCCUUACCAGCUUGAGAUGCGACCGACACCCGAAUUCCACUACGAUGCUGCUCUGACCAAAUUGGCCGGCCUCUGUUCAUUCAGCGAAGCCAAUGCCACGGAGCUUCUCAUUCCAGGCGCGACGAUGAUGUACGAGGAGGAGUUGCACCCUGAGGAGCUUGGUCUGACGAAGAGAAGAGGCAGGCUGAUACAAAUUUCAGCAUGGCUGGACGUGGAAAACAAGGUCAGCAUUGGCUGUGCUGGUGCAAUCAUAUCCCACUUGCAACGAAGACAACCCACAGUUUACCUGCCCGGUGAAUCUGACGCCAACCAGGCAUUCCGUGUUGUCAGGCUUGAGAUGUUCAGUCUACGUGCGACCAUGCUUAUCAACACUGAUACUCUGGUCUCAUUGCAGAUCAUUCAACCAGAAUCACAUCCAAAUGGGUUCAACGAAGGACCUGGCCCUCCUGGAGCAAAGGGAACUCAUUCGGUCUGUGACUUAUUCCUUCAACAUGCGAAAAGCCCGCAAGGGAGAGUUCAGCUGCGGCAAGCCUUUUUGAGACCCUCGCUGGAUAUCGAAUAUAUCAACUCUCGCCUCGACUUCAUCUCAGUAUUUGUCCGUCCGGAAAAUCAGGCGGUGCGUGACAAGCUCAGCAAGAGCCUCGGUCGGGUCAAGAACAUGCGGAAUACAAUCACCCUCCUCCACAAGGGCAUUGACAGUGGCAAAGCAAAGCAAAGUGCAUUCAAUAGUGGCGAGGCACUCCGGGCAGAACGCCUUCCGUUGUGUGUCAGAGCUGCUGAUGUCCUCGAUCGUAACAGCUUGAGGAGGAUCGGACGGAUGGUGGACGGUAUCGUGGACCGCAAAUCGUCCAUGGACCAGCACCGCACCGUGGUCAACCGAGGCGUAAAUCACGAACUUGAUGAACUCAAGGGGUUUUACCACAGCAUGGAAGAUUUAUUGGUUGACAAGGCCCGUGAAAUCCAGACACAAAUCCCGCCCGAACUCAACUUGGGGAUCAAUGUCAUCUACCUUCCGCACGUGGGCUUCCAUAUCACGAUUCCAAGAGACAAUGCCAGUGAUCAAGCCGUCUGCAGUGGGCGAGAUCUAGGGUGGCAGCUGAUGUUCACCACCUCAGCUCAAGCUUACUUCAAAGACGGAACGAUGUACGGUCUAGAUCAUGAAGUGGGAGACAUAUACUCCGCAAUUUGUGAGAUGGAGGUGGAGAUCGCCCACGACCUGGCACAGAACAUUCUUCUAGACGAAGAGCUUCUCAUCGCCGCGUCUGACCUCUGCGGUGAGCUGGACUCCCUAUUGGCCUUUUCUCACAUCGCGUACCAUUGCACGUUGACUCGGCCAAAGAUCACAGAGGAGAACGUGAUCAACAUCAAAGGAGGGAGACACCUGCUGCAAGAGAUGGCGGUACCCUCCUUUGUUGCGAAUGACACCUAUCUUAUUGGCGUCAAUGGCCAAGAUGAUACACAAGGACCAAAUAUGCUUUUGUUGACUGGGCCCAAUUUCUCGGGCAAGUCUGUCUACCAGAAGCAGGUCGCUUUGGCAGUCUACAUGGCUCAGAUAGGGUCCUUCCUGCCAGCCGACGUCGCAACCAUCGGCAUCACCGACAAAAUACUUACUCGCAUUACAACCCGGGAAACCGUGUCCAAGGUUCACUCUGCUUUCAUGAUCGACAUGCAGCAGAUUGCCAUAGCCUUGAACUCGUGCACAAGAAGGAGUUUGGUGGUAGUUGAUGAGUUCGGCAAGGGGACUGACACUUGUGAUGGCGCUGGACUUGCAGCAGGAGUAUUCCGACAUUUGCUAUCGUUGGGAGCCAACUCCCCGAAGACACUGGUGGCCACCCACUUCCAUGAAAUUUUCGACUUGGGUCUUUUCGAUCAUGCCCCAAACCUUGCCUUGGCGCAUAUGGAGGUGCAAGUCGAUGCACGGGACGAACAAACUGCCGAGGAGCACAGCAGCGAGAUAACAUAUUUGUACAACCUUUGUGCCGGCAGAAGUGACUUGUCCUACGGGACACAAUGUGCGGCUCUGAAUGGCGUGCCCGUUGAAGUCGUGGAGCGAGCUGUUGAGUUGGCUCGAUUGGCUCAGCAAGGUGAGGAUUUGGUCGCUGUCUGUUCGGCCCUGACAAAAGAAGCGAAGGAGGAGCUGCGGCACGCGCAAAACUCGGCUCAGAAAUUCGUGGACCAGGAUUUUGAUCGAGCCUGGACCAAAGAUGAGUUGGUGGUUACCUUGGACGCCAUGCUUGAGGUCGUGACAGUUACGGAGACUAGCUUGUCGGGUUGA